AUGGCCUCCCUCAGCCCCCAGAUUACCAACCUGAUCAUCAUGCUCGGCAUGAUGCAGGUGUCGAAGCGCAUCCCCUUUGACGACCCCAACACCCUGAACAUUGUCCGCGGCGUCUACCUCGCCAGCAACGUCAUCAUCGCCCUGCUCUACCUCUACGUCCAGGCUCAGAUCAGCAAGAAGAAUGACAUGACGACCCUCAAGUACGUCGAGCCCGCCCCUGUCGGCUCCAGCGAGGAGGGCAAGCUCGUGACCACCACGAUCAAGGCCUACGACUCCCAGCAGCUCAAGAGCCUGUUCCGCGGCCAGCUCAUGGGCGUCGGCAUGAUGGCGUUCAUGCACAUCUACCUCAAGUACACCAACCCCCUCCUGAUCCAGAGCAUCAUCCCCCUCAAGAGCGCCUUCGAGAGCAACCUGGUCAAGAUCCACGUCUUCGGCACCCCCGCCGCCGGCGACCUCAAGCGGCCCUUCAAGCAGCCCGCCGGCUUCAUGAGCGCCAUGCAGGGCGGUGCUGCUCAGAGCGACAAGAAGGCCGUCGAGGCCGCCGAGCGCUCCGGCCGCGGUGGCGCCAAGGAGGAGUAA